CGCCGCCUCCCGCCGCCCGCCGGGGCCACUGCAGGGGCCGCUAACGGUCCCGCGCCCCUCGGCGUCCGCGCGCCCCCCGCCUGGCGGACCAGCCCGCCGCAGCGAUGGGGGCGACGGGGGCGGCGGAGCCGCUGCGCUCCGUGCUGUGGGUGAAGCAGCAGCGCUGCGCCGUGAGCCUGGAGCCCGCGCGGGCGCUGCUGCGCUGGUGGCGGAGCCCGGGGCCCGGAGCCGGCGCCCCCGGCGCGGAUGCCUGCUCUGUGCCCGUAUCCGAGAUCAUCGCCGUUGAGGAAACAGACGUUCAUGGGAAACAUCACAGCAGUGGAAAAUGGCAGAAAAUGGAAAAGCCUUACGCUUUUACAGUUCACUGUGUAAAGAGAGCAAGACGGCACCGCUGGAAGUGGGCGCAGGUGACUUUCUGGUGCCCAGAGGAGCAGCUGUGUCACCUGUGGCUGCAGACCCUUCGGGAGAUGCUGGAGAAGCUGACAUCGAGACCAAAGCAUUUGCUGGUAUUUAUCAAUCCGUUUGGAGGAAAAGGACAAGGCAAGCGGAUAUAUGAAAGAAAAGUGGCACCACUGUUCACCUUAGCUUCCAUCACCACUGACAUCAUUGUUACUGAGCAUGCCAAUCAGGCGAAGGAGACCCUGUACGAGAUCAACAUGGAGAAGUACGACGGCAUCGUCUGUGUCGGCGGUGACGGCAUGUUCAGCGAGGUGCUGCACGGCCUGAUUGGGAGGACGCAGAGGAGCGCCGGGGUCGACCAGAACCACCCCCGGGCCGUGCUGGUCCCCAGCAGCCUCCGGAUCGGAAUCAUUCCCGCGGGGUCCACGGACUGUGUGUGCUACUCCACGGUGGGCACCAGCGACGCGGAAACCUCAGCGCUGCACAUCGUUGUCGGGGACUCGCUGGCCAUGGAUGUGUCCUCGGUCCACCACAACAGCACGCUCCUCCGCUACUCCGUGUCCCUGCUGGGCUAUGGCUUCUACGGGGACAUCAUCAAGGACAGUGAGAAGAAACGGUGGCUGGGUCUUGCCAGAUACGACUUUUCAGGUUUAAAGACCUUUCUCUCCCACCACUGCUAUGAAGGGACAGUGUCUUUCCUCCCUGCACAACACACGGUGGGAUCUCCAAGGGAUGGGAAACCCUGCCGGGCAGGGUGCUUUGUUUGCAGGCAAAGCAGGCAGCAGCUGGAGGACGAGCAGAAGAAGGCGCUGUAUGGUUUGGAAGCUGCAGAGGACGUGGAGGAGUGGCAAGUCGUCUGUGGAAAGUUUCUGGCCAUCAACGCCACAAACAUGUCUUGUGCUUGUCGCCGGAGCCCCAGGGGCCUCUCCCCGGCUGCCCACCUGGGGGAUGGGUCGUCCGACCUCAUCCUCAUCCGGAAAUGCUCCAGGUUCAAUUUUCUGAGGUUUCUCAUCAGGCACACCAACCAGCAGGACCAGUUUGACUUCACUUUUGUUGAAGUUUAUCGCGUCAAGAAAUUCCAGUUUACGUCAAAGCAUGUGGAGGAUGAGGACAGCGACCUCAAGGAGGGGGGGAAGAAGCGCUUCGGGCACAUCUGCAGCAGCCACCCCUCCUGUUGCUGCGCCGUCUCCAGUAGCUCCUGGAACUGCGACGGGGAGGUCCUGCACAGCCCGGCCAUCGAGGUCAGGGUCCACUGCCAGCUGGUUCGACUGUUUGCGCGAGGAAUUGAGGAGACUGAGAAGCCAGACUCGCACAGCUGAGCCGCCGGCUCCUGCUUUCGAACUCGGAAAGUGUGAAAACUUUAAGAGAAUUAUUCCAGACUCAUUAUGUUGAGAUAUACAUUCAAAUUUAGAAAUUUAUUUUUGAUAGUUAAACCUUGAUUUUAGAAAAAACACCUUUUGUCAACAAUUUUGUGACAUAUUUGGCAUUUUCAGUUCUUUUGCGCACCUGCGGGUUCAGCUCACGUCACUUCCCCUUAGCGGACGCAGCUGCUGAUGGGGGCAUUGGCUUCUUAGGUCUUAACAAUGUCAACAGCGUAGUUUAGAAAAUGGCUCGUCAGUGGCUCUAUUGCAAUAAUUUUAGGGACGUGAUUUAUGAUUUCCACGCAGGUCACACCAUCUGGGCCUGAGGUAGCGGUGGGUCACUUUGAUCCAGUUUGCGGGACUUAUUCCGUAAUGGUCUGUGGGCAGGUUUUGGGAAGUGGUUGAUUCUCUUUGCCUUCAUUUCACCUUCCUCUUAGUUUACGGUUAGGUCAUCGCUGCUUGAUCCCCACAAUACUGUGCAACUGCAAUGCAACGUGGUUCCGGCUUCAGGUGACCCUCGGGAGGUAGACCACGCCCACGCCAGGAAGGGCGCUGGGGGCCUCCAUGCCUGCCUCAUCACGGCACGACAAUCCGGCUGGGAGCGCAACCCCGGCGCCUGUUCUGGGAGCACAGAUCCUGACCCCUGGAAGCGGGCCUGUGUGGAGCACUGGCAGGUUUUGUGCUGCUGAAAUGUCACAUGCCGAUGCCUGAUAGUGACGCGAAGCGCCUAACACAGCCGGGCUUGGCGGCCCAUCCGGAAAAAAUGGGCCGCCCGUGGAGGAGGGGCUGUUCCCAGACUCCGGAAGGAUUACUUGGGAGCGGGCCCUGAAGUCUGUGCCUGAGGUCCGGAUUUGUUCUUGCCUUUUCUUCACACCAAGUUCUCUGUAUUUAUCGAACAUCUUGUCCUUUUACACCAGUGUAGUGUGAACUGUGUCUCCGAUGUUUGUCUUUUGUCUCGAAGCCAUGGUGGAUCGCUGGUUUCCUCUGAAGCACGAGGGCUCUGGUGGCCAGAGGACUCUUCCCCGAAGGCAUUCCUGCCCCGAUUCCAGGGCACCCCUCAACUGUGUACUCCGUCCUUGUUUAGUGCGUAUCCAUGCCUGUGUAGAUGAUAAGAUGUAUGUAACUGAGUUUUGUUUGAAAUAAGAGACUAUGCGGCUGAAACUUUGGUCUCUAAGGAGGGGGCCGUGGCCGUCUGGAGCAUGUGUAGACACCGUUCCUGAUGCUGCCGGGUGGGUUUUGCAGAGACUCCCUUAGUGAUUUCGCAUUUCGCAGGCAGCUUCCAUUUUCAGAAUUCCCUGGCAUCGAUUUCUGUUUUGAAGCAUACAGGAAACUUCCUAUUUCCUUGUUCAGCCCCACCCAGGUCAGGCAAAAGGGCAGCUUCAACGGCGGAUUUUAUGGACCACAUUAUCAGAGAUCAUUUUGCAAGCCAAAUGGUGUAAUAAUGAAUAGUUCAAAGAAAAAUCUGGGUGUAAAGAGUAAAUAUGCCCUGGCUCUUUCUACCACCGUUUGCUCCUGGUUGGAAGGAAACCAAAGAUGUAAGACAGGCUGCUCUUCCAGACGGGUGGUGCCUGCCUGUGCCUCACAGCCCGUGCAGCCCACAGCGUGCCCGCUGUCCGGGAGGCCGUGGCUGCCACAGGCACUCUGGAAUUGCGCUCCUCACAGAGUUUCCCCAAAAGGUUCUUCUAAGCCUUUAUUUUCCCUGGUAAAUGUUUCUUAGCUGGGUGUGGUGGCUCACACCUGUAAUCCCAGCCAUUCGGGAGGCUGAAGCAGGAGAAUUGCUGGAACCCAGGAGGUGGAGGUUGCAGUGAGCUAAGAUUGCAUCACUGCACUCCAGACUGGGCAACAGAGCGAGACUCCGUGUCAAAAAAAAAAAAAAAAAAGUUUCCUAUACACUGGCCUGCCCUAAAACCCACCACCAAUUUUAGCAAAACAGUCCAGGCCAAAGAGGAAGUGUUUUAUGUUGAAUAAGAAACCCAGCCAGUCCACACGGCCAGCUCCCAAGUGGCUUUGGCGAUACUUGCCAGCCACCUGCUGACAUUCAGAAUCUCAGACCUCAGGACUGCUGUUGAGGUAGUGUGUGUCUGACACCUGCCAGGAGCCCCUGGCUCUCUGUGCGCAGGAUGGGUCACCCCCAGACAUUCCCGCUUCAUAGGCUCUGAUUUCUGGGGAGCCUUUUAGAUGUAGCAGAUAUACAGCACCUGUACUUUGCUGUUUUAAGGAAAAAAAAAAUCCGAAGUGCUUGUUAGAUAGUGAAAACUUAGGAUUGCUUAAAAAGGUAGUUUUAGCUUCCUCUGUGGCUCCCUGCUGCAAAACAAUUAGCAGAGAUGCAGUGGACCUGAUUCUAGUUUGUUCUAAUGGAAGUGAGUGGGCGGCACUUGCCUCUGACGGCAGGGCUUGACUUUGAUCCUGAACACCUUGUGUAACGGGGAAAGACUGCGUGAAGUGAUGGCCUCAUUCUUCUAAUCUUGCUGGUUUCGAGAUUAGAAAACGACAUUAUUUGAUCUGAUAUGUUUGAGAAGACAAAAAUAAAGUUACCUGGGCAGA